GAUCAAACACUGUCUUCAGUGGCCGACGACACAGGACGGGGAGGCUACGAGUUAAACUGCUGGUGGAAUGGAAGCUAUACUCAGUUUGAGUGUGCCAGUGUCCAUCUUGGAUCUGGCUGCAGGGACUUUCUCCUUACUGAGCUGCAUGAGAACAUCCCCUACCGCCUCUGCCUGCGCUCCCUGGCCCGCUCCAAUCCAGCUCAGAAAGCAGACCAGCGGGACUGUGUAGAGUUUACCCUGCCGCCGUCUGGGAUGCAGGACAUUGUGAUCGCCAUGACAACGGUUGGGGGAGCUAUUUGUGUGAUGCUGGUCAUCAUCUGCUUGCUGGUGGCGUACAUCACAGAAAACAUCAUGAGCCCCACAACACAGCACACAUACUCCUACCACACUCACUUGCGUCACUGAUACGACACUGGUGCACUGUUAUUUAAAAAAUGGCCUACAUUUAACACCCAUGAUGACCAUAUCUAAUCUCACAAUCAUAGUCACUCACUGUCAAUAAUAUUUAGUUUUCAAUCAGCCACAUAAUGAUGUACACAUCCUGUUAUGAGUGAAUUGAAGCACAAACUACUGGGGCUCUGCAAAAAUAACAUGCCAUGUCAACCUCUGCGAGGAUGCACUUAACCAAAAGUACUGAUAACCAACAUUUACUAGUAUACAGUAGUGUACUGUGUUAUGUUUUUGUUUCAAGGUUGUCUGUGAUUGAGUGUCAAUCUGUAUGCUGGCAGCAUUUAUACAGCAAUACAAUUAAUGAAAUGGCAUUGAGUGCAUCAGAAACAGAAGCUAAAUGUGCAGCGUGUGAACGUGUCCAGACUUGUCUUGUUCUUGCUGCAACACAGGAAAAUUAUUUUACUGAAUUUUAUAUUUCCAUUUGACUAAACCAUCCCAUCGUCUAGUUUUGCUUUGAGGUCCGCCUAAAGUAUGUAUUUGUACCAUUUUGUGAAGGGCAAUACAAUCUGGUGUAAAAUCUCCAAAUACUGUGUCAAAUGUCUUGAGUUAAAAAGCCUUUAUGUCCUGCUGUCAAUCAAUAAAGUAUCAUAAGGUCACUUGA